CAUCUGUCCACUUUCAAAUUCCAGUGCAAAUUGCCUAACUCGUCAAUGUUAAUUGUUCUAAUCAUACAUUUCUUUUGUGUGUGUGUUUAGGAGGGGAAUCAAUUAUCAGACAAUGGGCUUCCCACCACUACUCGUUUUAUUUAUUUAUUUUGGAGAAUAAAGUGAUGUGCGAUGUUCUUAUAAAGAACUCUGUUCUGCUGACAAUGCAGUUCACCAAGAAGCAGGAUGGCCAUCAAGCAAGCUCCGACGGCAGCAGCGCGGGCGGUGAGCGGGGAGAUGACGGUGGACGAGUUCAAAGAAUGGUUGAAGAGGUUCGACGCCGACAAGGACGGCCGCAUCAGCCGCCAGGAGCUUAGGCGUGCCAUUCGCAGCAUCGACCGCCGGUUCACCGGCUGGAAGGCCGGCCGCGGAAUCCGGUUCGCUGACACUGAUGGUGAUGGAUUCAUAGAAGACGAUGAGAUCGACAAGCUGGUGGAGUUCGCUCGGAAUUCCUUGGGCCUUAAGAUCGUUGCUUACUAGUGGUAAUCUCUCUAAAGAGAAAUAACUAAUAAUCGAGUGUGGUUCUUUUUAUUAUUAUUGUUGCUAUUUGCUUGGGCAAAAAUUACCUUUGAUAAUGAUCCAUUAAUAAUUGGUGGGUUCAAUUC